AUGUCAGAAUUUGUGGAAGCUCAAGAAACUUCUUACAUAUUGAUCAGAGUUUUAGGAAAGGGAGCAUUUGGCGAGGCUGUCCUGUACAAGAAGACAGAGGAUAACAGUUUGGUUGUGUGGAAAGAAAUAAAUUUGUCCAAUUGUGGAGAUAAGGAGAGAAGAGAUUCUCAAAAUGAAAUUGAUAUUUUAUCACUUAUGGACCAUGCCAAUAUUGUAUCCUACUAUAAUCAUUUUAUUGAUGGUGAUACAUUGUUUAUUGAGAUGGAAUAUGCUAAUGGUAUGUAA